AUGGAGAGAAAAAGCAUUAGCACAGGAUCACGAAGGUUCCUAGGCAAACCAUUCCAGACAGCAGGACCCAUUAAGGAGAAAUUCCUUCGACCAAGAGCCAUGUUUGUGUCAGGUAAAAACAGUAACCAGAAUUGUCAGAGUGCAAUGUUUGAUUCAGCAAUGUCUGAAACUGGUGAUCAAGCGAUGAAUGUUGAAGUUAGAAAAACUAUACAGAAGCAACAACAAAAGUAUCAAAAAUCUGAUUUGCAUUCUCGUCAACAUCAGAAGCAGACAGCAAAACCAGAGUCACCACAGCAACAACAUCAACAAAUUAAUCUGCCGCAAGAUAUUAAUCAGCAGCAAAAUCCUGAUGCAUCUCUUUCUGAGGAUUCAUUUAAGCACCUUCCACAUAUUCUUCACAAGCCUUCAGCAACAGACAUUUCCGUGCAACAAAACCUUAUGCAACUCAAACAUGAAUCACAAUGUGAACUGCAACAUGAACAAUUACAACCAAAACAACAGCUUAAGUCAGAACUUCAACAAAUAAAUCAACACUGUCACGAACAACAGAUGAAGAAAUUGGAGCAAGGUAAUUCGAGCAUUGAACAGCAGCAUUCAAAACACUUGCAGCCAUGCAUGCCAAUGGUGUGUGCUCAACAAUUGAACGUGGUUGGUUACCAACAAAAUAUGAAAAAUAAUGUUUUUCUUCUUGGUAACGAUGAAGAUGAUGAUGAUGAGGUUAAUGAUGAGGCUAAUCAAAGAGAUGUCAAGGACAUCGAUUACAUCAUUAACAAGAAUACAGAUGAUCACAUGCAUACUAACGAUAUUCAAUACCAUCAUUCUGUCGAGUGUGCUGAUAACAAAUCAAUAAUUAAAGACAUUGUUGAUGUAAAUAUUUUUAAGGGUAAUGAUGAUAUCACCAGUAAAGACAAUAACAAUAACAAUUAUUUAAAAAUUAAUGAUAAUAUUUUUAUGAAAGUUAGUAAUGAUGAUAGCAGUGAUGCAGGUGCUGAAGAUAGAAAUAACAGAUGCAGUAGCAUUAGUUACACGGAAUUUCAUAACAACAUCAACGAGGUACGUUGUGAUGUUGCUAAUGCCUUGUCUGAUGCAAGUACAACAUUGCAACAAAUCGACCAAUUUCGUCCACCUCCAAUUCACUUUCAUGAUCAUUUUCAACAGCGAGACAUCAAUGCUUCCAGCAAACAAUCUAGGAGAUCACAUGAAGCAAUUAUCGACAUCAGCAAUGAGCAUAUGAUGGGUCCUUUGAAUGCUUUGCAAAUUUGUGAAGGUAAGUACAGAAGCAAUAGUUUAGUUGACGUUGUGCAAGCUACUGGUCUGUUGAACUCAUUUGUUCCUCCAGCAAAAAGUUUGAUUUCUGAUGUAGAUGAUAACGAGGAUGAUAAUAUUCAAGUAGAUGAUUGUGAUAUUGCAUUGAUUGAUGAUGAUAAAGCCAUCGACUUGAUAAUGAGUCUGGAAGAGGAGAGUCAGCAGAAAAAGCAUGGACAUCAACAAAGCCGGCUUAACAUUGAUAACGAUGUUAAUUCUGAAGUUGUUACCAACUUUAUUUAUGCAAGUAACAUAAAAGAAUACAUUGAUGACACCAACAAUUUUAACACCGGCGCUACUACAAAUUACUGCCCAAUGUUUUCAGCUGAACACGCACAAAAUCGGGGACAGCAUCAGCAAGUACUUGUCCAUCAAACUUUUGCACAUAACACACGCAGCCAGCAAUUUCAACAAAAAAAUAGCAUGGAAUUUAUUUCAUUGGAUUUGUUUAACGACAGUAGUGGCAAUAGAAAUUUAGUGACAGGUGAUCAUAUGUUGUCUGAUAAUAAUGUCACAAUAAGCGGUGCUGCUAUAAAACAGAAACACUCAGCAGACCAUGAUAGUUAUUUGCAACAACAGCAUAUAUCAUCUUACAGCUCCGUGAAUCCACAUGAGGGAGAGAAUUUACAUAAUUUUCGAUCACAAGAACCAAUGACACCAAGUCUUGUUUUCAAAGAAAAAUGUUCCUUAAAUCAUAACUACCAGAAUAAUAAAGAUGGUUCUGAUAAUGAUGGCAAGAGUGAUGAAGACUCCAAUUGCAGGAUUGUGAAUCAAACAGUUUUUACAUUUCCUCCAAUUCUACUUUCAGAAUCAUCGUCAUCUUCAUUACCAUCUUCAGCAUCAUUUCCAUUCAUUCCAUCACUAACUUCUGAUAAAACAAUAAGUUAUCAUGCUGCCAUACCUAAUAAUUCUUCAUCAUUUUAUUCUAAUUCUUCCACAUCAUUGUUAAACGAUUCGUUGUUUCCAGAUCAUUAUGCAUCACCAUUCUUAGCAAAAUCUUCAUUAACAAAUCCAGCUUUUUCUUCUGGCCAACCUCCACCUCCGUCAUCAUCAUUGCAUGAAACGUCCAUGCCACCAUUAAUAUCAACAACAGCAACAUCUUUACCUUUACUCAUUGAGUCCUUACAACCCAACAUUUAUAUUUCUGGACUAAUAUCGUCAUCAGCAACAACACCACAAACAACAAUAUCAUCAUCAUUAAAACUCUCACCAUCAUUAUCGGGAUAUCAUUUGUUGCAGCCACAAAUGUGCCGGAGCCAGAAAUAUGAGCAACGAGUAUAUUUGGAGCGCAAGGAAGCUAAUGAAGAAAUUAGUAACCUGCUGGUGAAAAUGAAGGAAAACGAUGGCAAGAUAGUCAUUAAGCCGCCAUCAUUUGUCGAGGAUGAAUGCUAUAACGCCCAGAAUAUUGUCCAUUCAAAUGGCGAGUGCGAUUUCAAAAACAGCGAUAGCAUUGAUUGUUUUAUAGUGGAAGAGCCAAAUAAAACAAAUCAUUGCCAAGUGAUAUUAUCUAACGAUAACGGUGAUCAGAUGAUAUUAAUAAAUGAUGACAGUAAUCAAUUGUUAUUUUCUAAUGAUAACAACAACGAUGGAAUGCUGAUGCUACCAGGCGGUCAUGAACAUUUCAUCAUAAACAACUCAAACUACAUCUUGAAUGCUAAUGAUAACGUUGACAGACAUAAUAUUAAUACUUUCAAAAUUGGCAAUGCUGUCCAACAAAAUGAUGGUAAUAAAAGUAACAGUUCCGCCAACGAUUGCAACAUCUUGCUGCAUUUGGUACGGGAUUUGAAUCAAAAACAUCAUCCUUCCAUGAGUGAUGAAGUGGCACUCAAUCAGUCGUGUGAUAAGACAGAUCCUUCUCUUCAUGGACUCUGUGGAGUUUUUGUUUUAGAACAGAAACAACAACAAGUUCUACAAAAACUUCAAGAUACAUCUAUGUUGCAACGGCAGCAGCAUUUUGUGCAACAGCAACAACUACCAUCUAAACAACCUUAUCAGCAGCACCAGAAAAAGAGCGAUAUCAAUGUUUAUCAACAAUUACAUCAAAUGCAACAGCAACAUUUAUUGCCAAAAGAAUUACAACAAUUUGUCCUGUUGCAGUCUAUAAGUCCAAAUCAUUCUAGCAGUCACAGUUGUAUAGGUUCAGCAAUUGAACUGUGCACACCUCAGCUGUCGUCAUCAUCACAACUCUCUCAGUCUACAUUAUACUCUCAGCAGUUAACACCAUCACCUCAACAGCAACAACAACAACAGCAGCAGCAACAACAACAACAGAUUCUUAUAGGUUAUUGUGAUGACAAAAACAACAUUAUUAUAACUUCGAGUUCUUUAAAGAUGGCAACAGAUUCCAGCACAACAAACUACAACAACAACAAAAAUAUUAACUGCGAUAUUAGCAACAGUAGUGACACUGUCCAACAUCAUGACAAUCGUCCUAAACGCAAAAUUAAACCACAGCCACUUAUCAUACCUCAAAGUGCCAAUAACUAUAUUUGCAACAGCAGUGGUAACAACAUAACAGUUGGGACUAAACGACCACCCUCCCCGACUAGGAAUGCCAUUCAUGCCCGGCGCCCUAAACAGUCACAUAUCUUGAUUCCAUCUACACCACCAGCACAACAUUUUACUGGCAGUCAAUUUUCAUUUAGUAAUGAUUUUUUCCAUGUUGAUUCCCGCCCACCUCAGUCUGCUCCGCCGUACCAUCUCAAUAACAGACCAAGUAAUUUUGUUUACUUUGUGUGUGUGUAUGUGUGUGCGUGUGGUGUUGGAAGGAGACCAUAUUGCAGACAUAUGUUGGCAUUGAUCAAUGCUAGAGAUUAA